CCUUAAAACGUUCAGUUGUACAUCACGAAAUCAGUGCGAUGUAUGAAAAAGGCAAAACAGAUUUCCAAUAAAUUCGCGAGUCGUACUGCAUGAAACAUGAAUGUGCGAUUCCUUGCAUAGAAAAGCUUUUCCUGUAGGAUACCUAUGUAUAACCAAGCCUGUCACCAUCUGAAAUUGGGGCUGCUAGAUCAACAACGUUGUCAGUGUAUUCUUUUUAUCCAUCGGUGGUCAGUCAAAGGACACAGGGCGUGAAAAACAUCUUUCCAACCAAGACUAAUCAGAGAGCAUCACAUCACACGUUCAUUAUACAUCGGAACGAAUACGGAUGUUUUUGGUUUUCCCGUGAAAUGAAAAUAAUUGCGUGUAUAAGGGGAAAUAAUUUUUGGUGUUGAGAUUGUUUGAGUUAGGUGAAAAGUCUGUGUUUAGAUAGUGAUAUUCGAAGACCGGAAAAUCGAUUACAACACCUUCUCGCACAAAUUGGAAACUAUGAACCACCGUACCUAUCAAAGUGUGAAAGAAAUCAUUGGAACCUUUUGUUCGGCAAGCUUUUCACAUCGGAUCGGCCUCAGUGCACGGGGUUGAAGGAAAGCAGACCAAAUUCUCCGCCGCCGUUUGCCAAUCCCUAAGCGUAAAAAUCUAAAACUAAGCUAAAACAUUACUCUAAAAUCAAAACUUGGUAACCCCACCCGUUGGUUUCGGGCCAAACUAGUUUCCGCUCGCGGAACAAUGGCUCCCUUCAAGCUCAAGUUCCGCAUGGGUAGUGGUUCUUCUCGUAGCACCUCACAGGAGCAGGAUGUCGUAGUAGACAGUCAGGCCAAUCAGAUCGCUCCACACUAUAUGAAUAGUAACACCCUUGGUACAGGCUAUGGUAGCAGCACCACCUUAGAUUCCGAGCAGAAUAAUGAUAGCUUAGUAUCGAUGAGCAACGACCAACGGGCCCUCAUUCGGGACCGGAACUCACCCGAUGAACACAUAGGAUACGUCAAUCCCUCACUGACCCAUACUGAAAACAACACGAUACCACUGAGCCCGCCGCCAUCCUACGAACAUGUUCUAGAGGAAAAUCGCCUCGCAGCUUUAGACAAGGAAAAUAACAAAACAUCGACACUGAGUCUGUCCCUAUCCAGCUACGAAAUGUUCGGAAGCAGCCAGCAACUGAAUACCAUCUCAGCAGGGUCAGAGCAGCAGCUAAAUUCCGACCAGCAGCAGCAUCGCCAAACAACGCCAAAUGGAACGAGGAAGCAGGAAAGUAUCGAUUCUUCCCUCUACUCAUGCAGCUCGGCUACAUCGCCGUCUCAGGAGAACCUGCUCGGGUGUACUGGUUCCUGUGAUCCACUGUUCAACAUGUCCAACCAGGAACAAAUGGGACAGUUAGUCGAGGAAAUGGAAGAUAUGCACAUCGAGGAAACCUGCCUUUCGGGGGACAACCACGAUGACAACUCGUGCUCGGAAGAAUGCCAAUCGUACGAUGCACAGGCCUAUGGAGGAACGUCCACCGCGUCGAUGCCGGUUCAGGCAGAAAUCAAAGGUCCCGAAAUUCUGUACAAAUCCAGCAAGCAACUGUACAAAGCGGUCGCCAAAGAGUGCGGCAUCACAUGCAAAAUGUCCGACCAGUGUCGGUGUUUGGAUUGCCAGAGCCGAUACUUCGACUGCGAAUACGAUCAGAAUGAAAACGAAAAAACUGACGGUGGUUUGGGAGCUGGCACGCCCAUGUUCAUCAGUGAAGUUAUGCACGGUACGGCUUGUACCAUUCUCUAAGUCACUGAAUCGUCGAUCUUUCAUCCAACAGAAGCCUAAAGAUCCUUAUAUACUUAUAAUUAGUCAACAAUCACUAGGUCACACCGAUAAGAAACAAACAAAAUGUUGCACAAAUCUUACAGCAUAACUACUAAAACAUAAUAAAUUCGAUAUAAAUGAAGCCUUUUGAAACAUUUUUAACUUACCAAAAAAUAUUAGAUUUGCAAAGGGGGGAAUAUGAAUUAAAGAUUUCAGCGCUGACUGUAUAGCUAUAGUAGAAUCACAUUAUGAGCAACUACUGGUUAACAUACUGUUGAAUUAUGGAUAGCUAUGGAUACUCCCUCAACUUGAUGUAUUAAAUAAAGCAUAAGUAUAACUUGGUGUUGCUGAAAAUUGUUUGAUAACAAAAAAAUCCACGCCAUGGAUUUGAGAGAAAAAUUGAUGGAACUUACGUUCUCAAAAUAUGAAUGGCCUUCACAAAACGACCGGUAAAUUAAAACCAUAAGUGUAAAAUAUUGUAAAAUUGCGUCAUACAAAAUACUAGUCUUUUAGGUAAGAAUUUUUUAACAUCUGCUUCUUUAGCAAAUACAUCCUAAUUAUAUAUUGUUUUGAAUUUGAAAGAGCUUUAUUCAUUUGAUCUCCAAUUAAAGUAAAGCUAGGAAAUCUUUCAAUUGUAGGCAAAACAUCAAUUAACAAAAAAUACCCUGAAUUCAAAAUAUUGGAUAAAAAAAUGUGGCACCAAGAACGGCAUACAUUUACAACUAUAUUCCCGAAACAACGUGCAUACUCAUAUGAAUAUGCAAUAUGUUCAAAAAUGCGCCUUGAAUGUUCAAGUUGGCCGUAACAAACAUCCAUUUAUCAUAACUCGAAAAGGAAUUCACAAAGACAGCUGUGACUGUCACGAAUGUCACAAUUGUCAGGUUUUUUUUGAAGGCUGUAAGAGCGAAAUGUAAACAAACAGGUUACAUAUUAUGUGCAUAUCAUUCAUAAACCCCGUGUGUAUAUGUUUUGCACUUACAUUCUGCACUGAGUCUGAAAUAACAAGUGUUUUUAAAUGUUUCCAAACUUGAUAAAGAAGUCAAUGGUUUUCUUUUCACAACUGCUGAUGCCUUGCCAUAUGAUCAACUUGCGAGGAACAUUAUUCCCCUAUUAUUUAUUUAAUUUUUUAUUUAUUUGAAUGCCUUAACCUUGCGAGAAAGAAAGAAAUAUGAUAAUUGACAUCGCAUUCUAUAAAUCUACAAAUGAUUGUUUUGUUAUAUAGGUGUGGGUGCAGUUGUAUUUGUCCUGGAGAAACGGUGUGGUUGAGCCAUCAGAGGAUGUCAAAAAGUUCCACGUCCUUGAGAAAGGACAGUAGCACUUCGUCGCUUUUGUGCUAUCUUAUGACAAGCGCCAUUUAGCACAUUUCGAGAAAAUAUAAACAAAAGUCGAACUCGCACGUGUCAUAGGUAUGUAUUGAUGACAAAAUUUGUAUGGCGUGUCAUAAUCGUGUAUGGAAAAUUUUCCAUUGAAAAAAGGACCAAUUAUUAACUCUUAUUCGUAUCUUUGGCUUCAUUUAGACUAUAAACAAUCGGUGAGACGCAUUUUGAAGGAAAUGAAUCAGGGAAUCUAGAAAUAAUAAUUAUUUUUGGUUAUAGUAUAGCCAAAUAUACUAUAUUCCCAAUUUGAAACUAACUGCAUUUUUCUCACUAUUCAUGUAUUUUUGUUUUGAAAAUGGUUGUGCCAUUGUGUUUCUAGAUAGUUUACACAUAAAAACAUCUAUACAUCAAGAUAACUUGAACCAAUUCUCAGACAGUCAUAUGAAAAAUUAAAAAAAAUCUCAGCACGUUUCUCGCUAUAUCUCAGUAGCGAAGUAGAAUGUCAAAUAUCUGAAAACGCCACUUUGUAGAGAUUUUUUAGACAAGUAAUGUGGCAUAUCUAACUCAGUUCACCCCGAAAUGGCGUUUGUCAUAAGAUAGCACAACAGGGACGACUUCCCCUCGUAGUUCGAGUUCCGCAUGUAACACAUAUUUGUGGAGGGACACGCGAUACGGUAUGGGCAUGGGAGGCUUUCGUAUGGCCAACUCUGAGCCGCAACAGUACUACAGUUGUUCUCUUCUUUGAUGAGCUGAAGGUGUCUGGUAUUACUGCGUAAAUGACACACGAAAGUUUCAGCCAUCCUUGACUUCAACUUACCUAAAAUAUCUGCGGCUGGGACAAGUCUAGUGAGAUGUCGGCGGGCGUGUCUUCCCCUGGUCGACAAGCGGUCAGCCCUUUCAUUGCCAUCGAUGCCGCAGUAACCGGGGACCCAGCAAAUUGUUGUAAGUGGGUCAUACUCGGACUCGAUAGCCUGGCGGGAUUUCCCCAACUAAAACGCGUAGAUAACUACCAAAGAAUCCAACAACAAAACGACGGAUGUAUCUUCCUGUUUUUGGACCAUGGUGAGUGCGAUAGCUGACGCCUCGGCUGAGAAAACCAAGCAUGGCGCCCGUAGGCGGAAGGAGAUCCCCUCCCCUAUUCCGUUUACUCAUAUUCCGACCUCAUCACCAAUCUUGGAGCCGGCGGUAAAAAUCUGCAUGUGAUUGCUAUACCUGCUGGCCAUCAGUCGGUUGUAUUCGGCUCUGACUUCACUACCGGCAGCACCGGCCCUGCAGACAGAUUUGCUCCGUGACCUUGCCAGAUCCUGUCACAAGUUCGGUGUAAGCGGGCGAUCGGUGGCAAAUCUUUGUCUGCGGAUUCCCGAUGGAUCUCGCUUGCUCUCUGUAGCAGGAAAUAGUUUCUUCGGCUGUACGUUCUUAAAAUCCCUAUGCUCUUCUAGCGAUGGUGAGUGCAGCCGCCUAACGAAGGGGAAGAAUCCCGGCUUCCAUGCAGGCCACCUCAGCAGGCGUACUUUGUAGCAGGCCGGAGGCAGUGCGAAUCUUUCAGUGGCAUUUAUUUUUUUUUUUACAAUGGAAAAUGCAAUUUACGCACAGACCCAGUACACGUGCUUAGUAGAUGCCAAGCUACCACACGGGGUGUACUGGAGUGUCGGGCUCCACCAUGAACAAGGUAAUACCGACUAAACUCCAUUGGGCUUCGCCAUUGUUCUCCCCAGGCACUACCUCUCGGUAUUACUUCUGGGGGGAUGGCUGUACUUGAUGUACACACUCACUCUCGCUCACGCGUUCAUACAUCCUGUAUGAGGCUUACUUGGGUGCUCGCUCUGUCACACCCUGAUUCACUCUCUAACACUCCAUGUGAGGCUUACUUUUGUGCUCACCCCUAUCACGCCAUGUGAGGCUUACUUGUGUGCUCACCUUUUUCGUACCUUGUGAGGCUUACUUUUGUGCUCACCUCUAACAUACCAUGUAAGGCUGACUUGGAUGCUCACCCUAGCACCUGAUUCACUCUCGAUCAUACCACUCUAUUACGCCCUGUCGCCCCCCCCCCCCCCUUGCAUCCCAUGUGGGACAUUUUUCUUAGGCCCCACUUCUGACAUACCAUGUGAGGCUUACUUGGGUGCUCCCGGAGUGGUUAGUCGAUAAUUCAUUCUCAUCGUCGAUAACGUUAACCACCCGUCAAUGUCAUCGGAAACUCCGUUAACGAUAAUUGUAUCGUUGAAUUCAUCGUCAUCGUCGAUAAUUCAUCGGCGGUUAUCCCAAUACAUUUUGCGUUACUUUCCCGUUUAUUGGAGCUUAAGUUGAAGCGGUUAACUUUCAAUUGUUUAGAAAUAAAUACCUAUUGAAUGACACAUUGUUGGCAGUUGAAAAUCAAUAGUUUUGGAUUUUUAUCAAUGCCUAGGGGAGCCGACGAUGCGUCAACUUUUCGGGAAAAAGUUUUAUACUGAGGGAAAGUUAUUGGCAGUUGGGAGAUGCAUCGUAGUAGCCAUGCGCGAUGGAUGCAAGUUUUUUCGCAAACGUCAAUUUUUUGAGAAAAAUUUGCAAAACUUUCGAGAGUGAAAAACAAAUUGUGAGUGCAUUAAGUGUUCUAGAUGUCACAAACAAGUGUUGGUUCCCGGAAUUGUUCCAGUGUCAGACUGGAUCGCAGCUGCGCUUUCCUUCCAUUUGACUGUCAGUGGCGGAGAUGAAGAACAAGAAAAUUGUGCACGCCCAAUGUCCGAUGCAUUUGAAUGACAGUGAGCCAAUAUGAAAGUGGAAAAUAAACAUUUCAUCUUAGAGAUUUAAGGUGCGGCAUACAAGAAAUUAUCGUUAUUCUUUUAUUCUAUAUAUUCAUUUCUUAGCAAAAUAUUCACAAAUUACGUAAUUUAAAUAUAUCACUAACCAUUUGGAAAAUAGUAGAUAUCAAGAAUAAUGGUGACAAUGUUCUGAACAUUUUUGAUAGCAGCUAUCGGAUGCGAAAAAAAAAAUUAAUUUUCAACAGCAAAAAAGCUUAAGCUUCGGAGAAAUUGAUUUGUGAUAUGUUUAAAUCUUAACCCAUCUCUUGUGCCUUUUCCUUUCUUCAAUUUCAAAGAGUGAAUAAAGGCGCCAUAACCUAGGUUCAUUAGCCUGGAAAGGUUCUACAUUUGUCCCAUCCCAGGAAACAAAGGAGUGACAAUAACGUCCUUAGUCAAAUCACUCCUUACGAUUUAUCAAGUCCUCUUCAAACUGAAACGGUCGGUACGGUUGUACACGCUGCCUCAUUCUAUGAGAUUCAAAAUGAUUUGUUGCUUAAAUUCUUCAUUCAAUAAAUAAUUUGAUAGCCGCAUAAUUUUCAAUCAUCUGUUACAUAUUGUACGCUGCACAGUUGGCCUGGCCGCUUCAAUGAUUUUGUUACAUACUAUAUGUAUGUGGCAGAAACAUUAUUAUUGACAAGAAAAAUUGUAGGCAAACGUCUGCUAUUUUCCAGGGUCCCUUCAAUUUAAAACACUUUUCAGAAAAGUUGAAAAAAUCUAUUUUGACACAUCGUCGUUCCUCUGUCGGCCUUCUCUUUUCCCUCCACCCUCUUGACGUAUGCUUCCUGCUCUUGUCUUGCGACUCGAACAGCCUUGCGGAGCACCAGCAGGUUCUGUUUCAGAUCCUUGCUGAUGUUCUGCUUCGCGUUUGCAAACUCGAAUAUGCUUUCGAGUUGCUCCACAACCUUAAGCAUCGCGGGUAGUGGCCCGUCCGGCGUGUUGGUAGGGCUAUUUCCUACCACCGCUGGGGAGUCACUGAUGCUGUUGGAUGCGGAAAGGCGUCUGAUUAGGCACCCCCAAUUCCUACGCCGAAUGUAUGGUCGGACAGGUUGUCGCUUAGGAAGUGGCCCAUGACCCGGUGAUCCCCCAGUUGGCCAUAUGUUGCAGCAUUCCGCGAGCUUAUGUCAAUGUAUAAAAUAUCCAUUGACAGUUUUCUGUCAAGAACAGUAAUUUUGGAGCAGACUCGUGCAUGUAUAGCAUUGAAAAACAUAGGCAAGCAAAUAUUAUUGACGUUAACGUAAUUUCACUUCCUCUAGGGGUCCAAAACUGGUUGGUUACCCUAUGCCGUUAUUCAAGUUAACCAUGUUACAAUACUAAGGGCGAGAGAUUUGAUCAAACGCUAUGCAAAUAUAAUUCUCGACGAACUUAUGAUUAGGGCUCAAAAGCCAACUGUCAAAAAUCAUUCCGGCGGAAAAUUCCGGACGAACCGUUAAUCGCCCAGCACUGCCGUUGCUAGCAAACAAAAAAGAAAAGUUUUCUCUUUCGUUGACUGCUAUGCACAGUGUUUGAGUAAUGACGGUUUCUCCAGAAUUUCUCUUCAAAGUGAAUUUUGACAUUUGGCUUUUGAGCUUUAAUCAUAUGUUUGUCGAAAAUUAUUUCCUCUCGCUCCGUUCGCCGAUUCGUCUUGUUCGCUGGUUCGCCCCGUUCUACUCUAUUAGAAAUUAAAGGAGAUGAGAAUUGAAAUCCUUUUGUAUAGCCACUGAAAUGCCAGUUUAAUUUAGAACGAAGCGAUUUAAUAAAAAAUUUCUUUGCAUCUAUAGUUUUUUGAUAGGAUGAAGAUUUGACUAGGUGUAUGCCAAAAUCAAACACAGAUUACCGAAAAUACCGAUUUUAUAUGCAGCAACAUGGUAGGUUUUAAAUAAAAUCGGAUAUGGUAGAUAUUGAAUUAAACAAUAGGGCCGAUAAAAAUGGUGCACACUUAAGAGGAAAAAUAAUAUAUUUAUAAAGAAGUUUGGAUCACAGAGAUAGAAAUAUACCGUAUUUAGUAAUUUGAUGAAAAAUGUCAUUAUUCCACUAAGUUACCCACAAUAUGUCCUUUGGUUAUAGAAAAUAAAACUAAAUCUAACCGAAAUCAA